AUGAAGUUCUUGGCCUGGUCUGUGCCCACGAUGCUCAACUCCGACUAUGUGUGGGAUAUGGUCUUCUACCCCAGUGGGGCAAUAGAAGACAAAUUCCAUGCCACCAGCUACAUCAGCUCAGCGUUCCUCUUUGUUGCCGCCCAAAGACGCAGAAACCAGGUUGGAGAACACACGUUGGGCACCAUCCACACCCACAGUGCCCACUGCAAGGUGGAUCUGGACGUGGGAGGACUAGAAAACUGGGCGGCUGAGAACAUGGCUUUUGUCCCCACAGCGAUACCCUGAAGCCCUGAACACCAGGUUCAUAGGCUGCAUGUGACCCGGAAGCAGCUGGAGACCGAGGAGCAGGCCGCCUUCCCCCUGGGAGGGGCCUCCCCUCGCUACCUGUACCUGGCCAGCAAGCAGAGCAACAAGUGGGGGCACCCUCACGGCUAUUGCACCCAGACGGUCAGCUUUUCUGGGGGGCCACUGCCCCAGAACAGUUUCAUGGAGAGAGCCUUCAGCUGGGGGAGGUACCAGCUGGCCGUGACCCAGAGGAAGGAGACAGAGCUCAGCAGCUCCAGCGUCUUCAAUCAGAAUAACCCCUGGACUCCCACCGUGGACUUUGCUGACUUCAUCAACAAUGAGACCAUUGCUGGAAAGGACUUGGUGGCCUGGGUGACAGCCGCUUUCCUGCACAUCCCACAUGCAGAGGACAUUCCAAACACGGUGACAGUGGGGAACGGUGUCGGCUUCUUCCUGCAACCCUAAAACUUCUUUGAUCUGGACCCCUCCAUCAAUUCUGCGGACUCCAUCUACUUCCGGGAAGACCAGGAUGCUGGGUCCUGUGAGGUCAACUCCCUGGCUUGCCUGCCCCAGGCUCCUGCCUGUGUCCCUGACCUCCCUGCCUUCUCCCACGCGGGCUUCUUCCAGAACUAGGUGUUCCCUGGGAUGGGGAAUGAGAAUGGGGCUCCAGGGUCUGGGAGUGUGGGGAGAAGGGCCAGGAACUGGGGAGCCUGUGCCCUCUUCUCCCUCCUCACCCCCAGGGUCCUCUCUCUCCUCCAUCGUCCUCCCUUGCUUACCGCCUCUCUGGGAUCAUCCUGAAGCUAUGCUGCCUGAAUCAGGGGCUUCUCAGCUCUGUGCACCCCAACAAGCUGGGUUCCUGUCACAGAGGAGAGGAAUGGUCAGAUGAGAGUCUGGAGUCAUGGUUACACCUUUCUAGAAGACUCCUUGGUUUGGUGUCUUUCAUUUUCUUUUCUUUGGUCUUUGCUUUCUGCUUUCCCCAAAUCAUUUUAGGCCAUGCCAGGUCUCUCCAGAGAAUCCCCAGUCCUCACUUGGCAGGAGAGGAUGCGGGGUCUCUUUGGGGCUGGUUGCCUAGAGGCCCUGGGCAGGGUUCCUGGCAGGCUUGUGAAUCCAGGAGUCCAGCUGGAAGGGGCUCUUUGGCACAUGCUUCCUCUCAUCCUGGUCCUC